AUGCAGGGUGGUGGUGGGAUCCUCACAGGUGAGGAGAGGAACGGCAUUGUCACCGGUUACCUCCCGAACGGAUCCUGUCUGCGUGGGCAUCGCCGCAGCUCUGAGCAAACGCAGCAGGCAGCCACCGCCACACAAGGCUGGUGCAAAGCUCGUAGGGUCCUGGCAGACCACGGUCACCUGUCUCCAGAGGGGCUCGGUGGUGGCAGCCAAGCUGGAGAGCGGCCAGCCCGGCUGGCUCGGGGCCUCCAGCCAUGGCACAGCAACACCGGGGAGAUUUCUGGCUCCCAUUCGAGCUUGCUUGCAGAGCGUGGAGGGACUGGCGCUGGAAAACGGCUUCUCGAGCUGGACACACCGGAGCCUUGCGAGCUUCACAGGGACAGCAGGGAUGGGAAGCGCCUGCUGAUCCACCAGGAUGGGAGCGAGGCCAGCGGGCUCCAGCAUUCGCCCUCAAACAAGGAAUCUCAUGACCGAUUCCAGCCUCCCAGGCUCCUUCUCCCACUGCCGACAGCGACAGCGUGCAAGGAGAGCGGGGACAUAAACACAGGCCGCGGCACGGAGAAGCCUGGGGAGCACCCAGCCGACUGCGAGCGUCUCCCAUUGCUCAGUCUUUCGCACCAGGCACCUUGGAGAGAUUGGACCAGAAAUCUUAGGGAUCGUCGCUGUAACUUGGAAUUGCUGCAAAGUCCCGGUCAGGGCUCCGCUGCAUAACGUCAGAUGGGGUUAAAGACAUGGAGCUGCUCCCUUUGCUUAACUUUCCAAAUCAUCAAAAAUCAUCAGCCACCAGAGAAUGAAUUUUUGAAAGAAUCGGAAUUCCUCGCUGGCCCGGUCCUGGCGGCAGUGCCCACAGAGCGCUGUGCAUGAGGAUUUCGGAAGAUGUGCUGUGGGAUCUGAGCUGUUUUUUCUGCAGGGAAUCACUGUGGAUUUUGAGCGGAAACUCUGAUCUAAAAAAUAAAAUCCCCUCUCCGCA